GUUGGUUAAAGAGAACCGAAUUUCAUAAUCUACAGUCAGUGUUGUACAUGGACAGGCGUGGACGAAAUACGGGAUCGCCUUCUUCAUCAUCGCCAGUUCUAUCGAGAUGGAAUACUAAUGAUUUUGAUGAUAGAAGAGUAUGCUUUAAACCUAAUACUAGGGGUGUUGCCUUAUAUGUGGCUGGUGCUUUGUUCGGGAUAGGAUGGUGGGAGUUUAUAGAUGCCCUAAUUUAUACGGCUAUCAACAAAGAUGCUAUCUUCUCUGAUAUUUCUUUUGAAGACUAUAUUUGUGGCAUUUUAUCAACAAUUGGAAUGUUCAU